AUGGGACAAGAGGUCGUGAACGGUCGGCUUUUGAACGCGCCGGCGUUGCCACAGCCUCCAUCGUUCAAGGGCUCAACCAAGGCGGAGCGGCGCGCGUUUGUCCGGGAAUACGACAAGUAUGUGGACCAACUCAACGCGCUGCAAUCAAGCGCGUCGAGGCCGUUCCUAAUACCGAUGUCGGCGCGCAUGGAUCAAUUCACGAAACGACGCGUCACGAUGUUCGAUCUUGGCAAGUCUUACCGCGACGUGACGAAGGAUGAGUGGAUCGCAUGGUUCAAGAAAGCGUACUAUGAAGAAGCGGGCGAUUACGAGUUGCUCAAGAAUCGUGUACAAGCGUCCAGUAUCUUCGACGUAAAGAUCAUGGACGCGGACUCGCGCGUGGGACGCAUGUUAGAUGGCUUGAUGACAGCCCUCCAACGUGAUAACCAAGAAGGGGUGUUGCACCAGGAAGGAGAGAUGGUCGCCGACGUCAUGGCCCAUUCUGUGCGCCCAAUAGCGCUGCAGAAGACGUUGUGUAUGGAUGCCACGCUCAUGACAGCCAGUGUGAUGCGGGAGAUGGAACGGUCAAAUGUGACAGUGGAUGGCGACACCAAGCCGAUCAAGAUCUACCCCUACGGCCCGUCCGCACCGAUGGUGGUUGCAUGUCAAGUGCAGUUCAAGUGCGUCACAUUGGAGACGCCGUGCGGGCCGCUAGCCCUACGAGGGUUGAAGGUCUGGGUCGACACUUGGCCGAAACCAGGGGAGCACCUUCUUCUGCUGAGCCGAUCCGUAAUGGAGCGGCUGGGGCUUUCUGAGGAUGAUCUGUUGACGGCAGCGUAUCAGAAACAAGUGGAAUGGGACGUAAGCGAUGCUGUAUUGAUGACAGCAUUGACCCCGAAGAUGGGAUGUUGUGCACCACACCCGACAUUCGCGCAAUCGCAAGGGACGAAUAACCCUGAACUCGCACGACGAGAAGAGCAGGUCAAGCAAAUGCUGGCGACCAAGCUGGAGCAAGCGAUGGAUGAAGGCCUAGCUCCAGUGUUGGCGGAGAAGCUCGGGCACCUGUUGGAGAAAAAUAUGGUGUUCCGCCUUGAAAUCGGACAUGACCCCCCAUCGCUGCGAGUGCGGCUGCGUCCCGACUCGGCGCCGGCGACUGGGCUUGUUUACCAAAACAACCGCGCCACUUGGGCAGCGGCACCCCGUGUCGCCCCGAAGAAGGGUGGGGAGCUGCGCACGACCAUUGAAAAAGAGUUCCCGGAAGCCGAACAACACGAAGACUUGCAUUUGGCCGAGCGUAUACAGGCAAUUUUCGUUGAGGGCGCGCACCACCGCGGGGAAGCGGUUAAGCGCGGUUGUUCGACACAACACGCCAAGCGGUCGUGA